UCAUGCUCAAAUCAAUAUAAUGAGCUUUGUCGAACUCAAUUUGAGGAUCACGCUAACUUGUAGCCAAGCUUAGCUCUGCUUGAGUUGGAUCUGCCUAGAUUAGUUCAUUCACUAUCCUUUAAAUAGCAAAAGUUGAAUAUUUAAAUUCAAUAUUUAUUUUUCUCAUGCAUUAUCAAUAAAUUAAGUAUGACAUUUUUUCACUCUCGAUGUUUCCCAUGCAUAUUUUAGCUUUUCCUUUAACUUUCAGAGCUGACCAUGCCCAAAUCCGUGUUUCUGUUGUGUAGCCCAACUGCAUCAUACUGGCAAUUUCUCCUGCCAAUCAAGAUAUAGCAACAUCUGAUGCAAUGAAAAUUUCAAGGGAAGUCGAUCCGACAGGAGUUCUGAAUAUACCAUGUUCUUUUUAUCACGACCAUGACUAGGUGAAAGGACUUUCGGGGUUCUUACAAAGUUAGACUUAAUGGAUCAAGGAACUAAUGCUCUUGAUGUUCUUGAGGGAAGGGCUUACAGGUUACAACAUCCUUGGGUUGGAGUUGUCAACCGUUCUCAAGCUGACAUUAAUAGAAAUGCUGACAUGAUUGCUGCCAGGAGAAGGGAAAGAGAGUACUUCGCUACGAGUCCUGACUAUUCCCACUUGGCAAGCAAAAUGGGAUCUGAAUACCUCGCUACGCUUCUUUCUCUGCAUUUAGAAUCUGUGAUCAGAGCACAAAUUCCGAGUAUCACUUCUUUAAUUAAUAAGACCGCUGAAGAACUUGAGGCAGAAAUGGAGCGUAUUGGCAGGCCCGUUGCUGUUGAUGAAGGGGCUAAGCUUUACACGAUAUUGGAACUUUGUCGAUCCUUUGAUCGGAUAUUCAAAGAGCAUCUUGAUGGAGGGAGACCUGGUGGUGAGAGAAUAUAUGGAGUUUUUGAUAAUCAACUCCCAGCCGCCCUUCGGAAACUUCCGAUUGAUAGACAUAUAUCUAUCCAAAAUGUGAAGAAGAUUGUCUCUGAAGCAGAUGGUUAUCAGCCUCAUCUGAUUGCUCCAGAGAAGGGUUAUCGUCGGCUCAUCGAAGUAGCUAUUGGCCAUUUCAAAGGUCCAGCUGAAGCUUCAGUUGAUGCUGUACACCAUAUUUUGAAGGAAAUAGUGCGGAAGUCAAUUGGGGAGGCUGAGGAUCUAAGGAGAUUCCCUACUUUAAAGGCUGAACUUGCAGCUGCCUCUUUUGAAGCCCUGGAAAGAUUUCGUGAGGAGAGCAAGAAAACCACACUGCGACUGGUUGACAUGGAAUCAGCAUAUCUAACUGUUGAGUUCUUCAGAAAGCUUCCACAAGAGGUGGAGAAAGGAGGAAAUUCCACCGCAGCCCCCACCGUCAAAGGAGGCAAUCCCGCCGCAGCUGCAGCCUCCACCGUUGAUCGGUAUGGGGAGGGUUAUUACAGGAGAAUUGCAUCCAACGUUUCAUCCUACAUUUCCAUGGUGAUGGAGACGCUCAAAAUCUCCAUUCCAAAAUCAGUUGUUUAUUGCCAAGUUAGAGAGUCGAAGCUCUCUCUGCUCAAUCACUUCUACACACAAGUUGGGAGAAAGGAGGGAAAGGACCUUGGGAAGCUUUUGGAUGAAGAUCCGGCAUUAAUGGAGCAGAGGCAGCAGAUGGCUAAGAAAUUGGAGCUCUACAGAGCUGCAAGGCAGGAGAUUGAGAGUGUAGCGUGGUCCAGAUGAGUGCUCAGAUAUGGUGUCCAGUGUAUUAAAACACUGAUGGCGAAGGUAUGGGGAGAUAUUUAUAAUAAACUCUCUCCUUAUGGAAUGUAUAGUUUGCAGCAAAAUUAGAUUUUUUACGAGUUAUAAGGCUGAUCAGGUGAUCAUGUCAUAGGGCAGUUUGUGUAAUAAGUGAAUAAAGAACUAGGUGAUUUAAAAAUCGUCUUUAGAUAGUGGUGGAAAAGCAUGGUGGUAAAGAAAGGAGCUUUGUAAAAUUUUUAUUUGCGACGAGUUCGUUCAGUAUCAUGAAAAUUGAUUUGAUGUAUAUUCAAAAACAAAGAUGUGUCAAAAAUAUGUUGAUGUUAUUAAAUAUGGAUGAUGGAGCGCCAAUUUGUAUUAAGGCUGUGAAGCUAUCGAAGAGUUUUUAAU